GUCCCACUCCAACCGGCUGCCCCUCAGAUGAUGAUCCUCUAAAUUAAUCUCGAUCCAGCCCAUCACACGUCAUGCACGUGUGCAACCGACGCAUGACAUGACGUCAGUGCGUCUGUCAGAUGCCCCUCCUCAUCUAUUCUUAUACUGCGGAUCGUUCCAGGUUCUGUCGUUGUUGUCUUUUAUCUUGUUCCUGAAUCACCUCUCGCUUUCCCUGUCCAUUCCAUCCUCGACCCUUAUCACAUACGCAAAAUGGCUCCCAUCCACGAACGCAUCCGUGACGACCUCCUCAUCAAAGAGCGCUCUCUCUGGACGGCCCUCACAUCCGCAGACCCCGGGCCCGAAAUCGAGAAACUGUCCAACGAAGAAGCGAACUUCCUCUUCCCCAAGACGCCCAUCCUCACGCUCGACGGCCAGCCCUCCAUCAAAGAGGCCCUCAAGCCGCCCUUCCACCACUUCGACUCCUACGAGCUGCAGGAGGUCCGCGUCAUCAUCAUCGACCUCAUGGCGGGCACCGUGACUUAUCGGAUUAACGCGUCGCACAAAAACAGACCCUACCUCGCGACGGGGUCGACGACGUGGAGCCAGGCGAGUGAUGGCGAGUGGAGGAUUGUAGCACAUCAGGAGACGAUGCUUUAGGCUGUCUUGUCUGUCUCUGUUGAGACUUGCCUACUGGUAGGGAGGUCUUUUUAUUUUGAUUGAGGGGUGGAGGGGUUUUGUUUCUUUUAUUUACUCUUUUUUUU